AUGGCCAAACCAAAAGGAGAGAGGAAAGGCAAGUCAGCGAUAAAUGAAGUUGUAACUCGUGAAUACACAGUUAACCUACAUAAACGGCUCCAUGGAGUUGGUUUUAAAAGACGUGCUCCUCGCGCCAUCAAGGAGAUCCGUAAAUUCGCUGAACAACAAAUGGGUACACCUGAUGUUCGAGUAGACACUAGAUUGAAUAAAUAUCUUUGGUCUAAGGGAAUAAAGAAUGUCCCCUUCAGAGUUCGUGUAAGGUUAUCCCGCAGACGUAAUGAUGAUGAGGACUCAACACACAAAUUGUUUACACUGGUAACAUAUGUUCCAGUAGCAUCAAUUAAGGGCUUACAAACCGAAAAUGUGGAUGCUAGCCAAGAAUAA